CGAAAUCUCGAUUUUUCGGAACAUCGAUAUAUCGCUUGCUUCCCUGUGAAAUAUCAAUACUUGGACGCGCCCAUCGAGCGACAGGGUAACAGGGAUCCAGAGGACAAGACUACAAUAAUUGCAGCAUGCACAGAGGCAUUGAAACAGUCAUUCUUCUUGUGUUCCAUAAUUGGAUGGAACUGGAAGAAAUUCGAAUAACUGGGAUGUCUCCACUGCCGUGCAGCUCGCCAUGCGGAAGGAAGCACACUCUUAAUCUGAGACUUCCGUAACACCCAAUUGUGCGCCGCUGUCGGCACGCGAGGAAUGGCAGAGGGCAGACGCAAGUGGGGCGAGCCGUCGACGAAGGUCCGUCGCAACAGUGAGAUGGCUGAGAAAAAUGAUUCGGCUGAUGAAGGAGGGAUGCAUUUUCACCACCUUCCAGAUGAAGUUAUCAUCAAUAUAUUUUCCUCCUUGAGCUUCAGCGACCUCGUAGACAUCGUGCAGAAUGUUUGUGUGCGCUGGAGGAGGCUGGCACAGGACCCGAUGCUCUGGCUCGACAAAGAGUACGUCGUCACAGCGAGGAAUAUAUGCGCAACGAAGUUGUUGCUUUUCCCUUCACACCCAGUGAAAGAGUGGAGCUGCUCUGGAGUCGUCUGCACAGAAUGCGUCAACUGCAAAUUUGAAGGGAAGGAUGAAGAGAUUCUGCGGGCAGCGCCAACCAUGCCACAGCUGCGAACGUUGACACUGAUGCGUGGCGUUAAGCCCUAUAUCCUGCAAAAGGUUUGCGCAAGUUGUCCUAACCUCACGAGCCUACAAAUUGAUAGCCGACAGGAGAUGACUUACUCACUUAUGAAGUACGUAUUCGAGAAGUGUCCGAAGAUACAGAAGCUGACACUGGGGAGCAGCCUCCUCUCGGAUGGACAGUACGUGCAACUGCUGUCCAACCUGCAGCAUCUGAGCAGCGUGACCAGCCUGGGGCUGCGUCCGGACCUCCACAGCCUGGGAAUGCGCACGACCUUCGGCCCCAUGGGAUUUGUAAAGCUGCGCAUCCUGGCCAAUUCCUGUCCCCAGCUGCAGGAGAUACACAUUGACUCGAGCUGUUACAGCGUGUUCGACUUAGAAUACUUCCUGAAGGUGAAGAGGCACAUCCUCACUUCUGCCACACUGCCCUGGAUGAUGGAGGAAGUUCAGGAAACGAGGUGUACUGUGCAGCUGCUGAAAAAGUAUAACACUUCACUUAAAAAACUGCGGCUGGUCAAUUUUAAUGUGACAAACGAGUUGGAUGCCGAACGUCACGAAACCGCGGCGUUUCAAGCCCUCGGUGAGCUACACACUCUGGAGGAGCUGUGCAUUGAGCGCCUCUUUCCACGUGUACCACAUACGGUAUCUUAUGCAUUUCAGCCUGGAUGUCUGACACAGCUCCGACGGCUGCAGCUGCCUUUCGCCAGUGACCUCGAGGAUGACACGGUGCUUGCCAUUUCAGAGGGCUGCCCUAAUCUGCGUGAACUGAGGUUGAGGUUUUCACUGAGAAUUACCGACAGAGCACUGGCCAUGAUCAACCGUCUGGAACAUUUGGAAAUAUUGGAGCUUUCUGGGUGCCAAAGGUUGGGUGGAGCUUGCAUGGCUUUCAUAUCACAGCUACCAGCUCUGCACACAUUGGUCCUCCGGGCACUCGAUGACUUGUCUGUGCUGCAACCGAGCCUUCGGAAGAUCUUAGACAUGAAGGAACUGCGGUGCCUGGAUAUUGUGCACAGCUCCAAUAUCGGAGCUGUGCCGUUCCGUGAAUUUCCUGGCAGACUAAAGAAGCUCCGGGAGCUGCAUGUGGCAUAUGAGGGAGGAAAUGCUUUCUCUGAGCUGCUACGCAACAUGCCUCGGCUCAAACUCAUUACUACUUUUCGACUGACACACGAGUAUUCAACAGACAAUGGAAGAAGUUUUGUUCGCAACUUUGUUGCUUAGCUGAUCUAUAAUUAUGUCAUUGAUGUCUCUUGGUAUGUAUUCUCUGAAUGUCCAUCUGCUGUUAAUGGACUUGAUGCACCUUAAGUUAAAUAAAGUACAGAACACUUGAGUAACUUUA